GUCACCGCUGUCAAUACUAUCCAGGCCAUAAACUCCAAAAAAAAAAAAAAAGCUGUCAAUACUACAAUUACAUAUAAUACAAUAUUAUGAGAAAUAAAAUUCUCAACGGGCUAUAAUUGUCUUCCAAUAAAAGUUAUAAAUUUAUUAAUCGAAUGAAGCUGAUUGACAGAUUUUGGGGUCUCUUUGUGGUCUAUUUAUAGGCAUAGAAUAGUGGAAAAGCCCUAGAAAAUGGCCAGAUUGGGCAAAACUGCACAAGAAUUCAUUCAAGAUUCAUUUUCACCUAUCAUCGCUGUCCUCUGUAGCCCAAAAGUUGAAAAUGUCGUAUCUAAGAACAAUUUAUCUUUUACUGAGAUGUUGCAACCAUUCUCUACAAUGGAUUGGGAAGGGCAAUUCAAAGAUACAAGUGGUAAUACAUGUUCUAUAAAAAAUUGGAAAUUAAUAAUAAGAGAUGUGAACUGGAAGCCACUACAGCCUACAGAAGCACGAAGACAGUUAAAUAAUGCUGUUCUACAUAACUACCAUGACAAAGUUGUUUCACUUGAAAUAGAGGGGAGAAAAUUUGAUAUUCCACAAUCAACUCAUUGGUUUGAUGCUUGGAGAGAAACAUACUUGGAAGUACAAUUUCCUUCAGACCACGAAUUCACCAAACAUUUCAUAUCUUGUAUUAUAGUUGGUACAACAUUAGAUGAAAAUGUAAUUGACACCUUUAAUAGUUUAAACCAACAAUAUGCUAUGUUACAAAAUGUUGCUCCUCCAAAAUUACCCAAGUGGUUCAACAAUAGUGUUUUAAAGUCUUAUCUUCUUCUGCAUGAUGUAUCUGCUGUGCCUAAAGAAAAAGCAGAUGCUUCUUUUGAAACUUUGAAGCAAACAUUUGGAGCUAGCAACUGUUUUAUGUUGUCAAUUAAUUCUAAAAGUACAUUAGAUCAGAAUGUCCCAACUGAUUUGUGGGCUCAGUUUGUCAAAAGAUCAUCACAAGGAAAUAAUGAGAUGUCAACAUCACUUACAAACCUGCCUACUACUCCAGCUGAACCUCAAUCAACAUUCCCAAUAACUGUAACAAACAUACAAGAUGACAAUAGUACAGUGAUGAAUCCAGACACUUCUCAUCCUCUCACAACUUCAGAAACUGAUGUUUAUGAUAAUGCAAAUAGCCUACAGACUCAUUCUUUCUCUGGUAGUUCAGAAAGCAUGAAUGUGGCUGGGAAAGGUCUCGAUUACUCAACAGAAGUUCAUGGUACAGCUUUAAAUGCAAAUGAUAUUGAAGGUAUCAAGAAGUUCCUGCAGGAGUAUGCUUCAAAAGCAUUAUUGCCCUAUCUGGAAAAACAAAUAUCGCAAUUAUCUGAAGUUGUUGCAAACAGGAAAGGCGUGAGUAGAUCAUUAUUAUCAGCCACAAAGCGAUGGUUUGGUACUGGAAAGGCAGGAAGUACAACAGGCAACAGUGCUGUCAUUUAUACAAGUGACUGUCCGGAAUUACAACUACGGCGACUGGGCGACUUAUGGUUCUUAUGUCGGCAAUGGCAACGAGCGUUUGACGCCUAUCACACGGCAAAGAGGGAGUUCUAUGCUGAUAGUGCAUGGCUUUGUUAUGCGGGCGCCCUUGAGAUGGCAGCUAUCAGUGCCUUUAUGGCUGGUGAUUCAAACCGAAAAACACAUGGUUAUAUGGAAGAAAGUAUUGUAACAUAUCUUAACACCUGUAGAAUGGUACAGUAUGCAGUAAGAGCCACUUUGCUAUCAGUGCUAUGCUUGAGUGGAUCAGGAUUACAUGGAGAGGCUGCUAAACAAUUGAUACGUAUGACGUCGGAGGACAGUGAUUUACGGAGUGCCAUGCUACUAGAACAAGCAGCGUUGUGUUUCUUAUCCGGCCCUGCUUCUAAAGGCAUGUGCAGGAAGUACGCUUUCCAUAUGGUGUUAGCAGGCCAUAGAUUUUCAAAAGCCGGACAGAAGAAGCAUGCGUACCGAUGUUACAAACAAGCCUACCAGGUGUACGAGAACAGUGGGUGGCGGCUGGCGACGGACCACGUGCAGUUCGCGCUGGGCCGGCUGGCGGGCGCGCUGCGCCUGCCGCGCGACGCGCUGCGCUGGCUGGCCGCGCCGCUGGCGCCCGCCGGGCCCCAGCCGCCGCACCAGCAGGACGCCUUCCUGCGAGAGUACAUGCUCGCGCACCACCAAUGGAUGGAGAGCAGCACGGAGCCCCGAGAGCGGCUGGAGUCGCUGCCGCUGCCGCUGGCGCUGGUGCGACAGACGCGCGUGCUGUGCGUGGGCCCGGCGCCGCUGGGCUCCCCGCGGCGCCGCGCGGCGACGUCGCUGAGCCUGGCGGCCGCGGGCGCGGACCACGAGGAGCUCGCCGCGCCCUCCACCUGGCGUACCCUCGAGGAAAUGCUGCUACAAGUGGCACAAGGCUCAGUACCAAUGAUAUUCAAACCCACUGUCGACCUUUAUUCAGAUACUACCGACUGCGAACCGCUUGUGCCUCAAGGAGAACCGAUCCAGAUUUCAGUUACUUUGUGGAAUCCAUUGAAAAUUUCGUUAGUUUUAAAAGAUGUAGAACUAUUGUGGCAAUUUGUUAUGACAAAUACCGACGGUGCAGCCGAUCCUGAAGAAGUACUGAGCAAUGAACAAGCUAUCGCUGCUGGACUAGCUUUAGAGAGUAAUGUCAUAGUUAGCCAGAAAAUUAAAUCCGUGCUUCUAGAAGGGGAUUGUAAAAAAGUAUUAAUUUUUACCCUCACUCCCCUUAGAAUUGGACGAAUUAACAUACAUGGCUUAGCUUACAAACUCAUCAAUACCGGUGAAGGCGGUACUGAAAAUGGGAACAACGUUGUUAUAUCAGGGAAGGUGAAUCUUGUGUCUGAUGGAAAGAGUCUUGAUAAGCGAUUACAAAUAACUGUCAUCCCAGAAGCUCCUUGUUUACAGAUGACAUUUUCGGAAACUAGUUCGGAUAUUAUUAGUGGCGAAAUGAGAACUGUUGACGUAGAGUUCACAAACGUGGGUCCCGUGGACAUGAAUGAUCUCUUCAUUGCUGUAUCGCAUCCUGAUUGCGUAAAUCUUAUAACCGGCGACGAGGAGGAUGAUUUUAAAGUAUUGUACGAUGAAAAAUACCGUGAACCACCUUCAUAUUCAGACGAGCGCGCGGCGCGCACGGGCAGCUGGCGCGCGGCGGCGGCGCGGCACGUCCGCGCGCUGCGCGCCAGUCUGCCGCCCGCACGCAGCGCGCGCGCCCGCCUCCAGCUGCGGCCGCGCGCGCCGCGACCCUUGCUGCUGCUCGCCUACUAUACGACCGGCAUACGCGCGCGGCCCUAUCGCCUGCUGAGACAUGUCUUCCGCUUCAAAGUAGUCGAAGCUGUAGAAUUGGCGGUCACCCCGCGACGCAGCCUCCGAAAUGUCGAUGGAGAGGUUGUUGAAAAUAUGAGCCUCGCAGUUGAAGUUAAAAAUAUUUUCAAUGAAAAGGGCGAGGAUUUAACCGUAGAAGUGUUAGAAGCGUCGCUAUUGAGUCGACAGUGGCGUCUAACCGGACUUGUUGCGGCCCGGGGCGCAGCCGAUCCGUUAACUUCGCGCGAGAAACUGCACUUUGUACUCCGAGCGCGACGGAUACUGUCAGAACUCCCGGAGGAGAAAGUCGAUUACACCUGUGUUAAGAUCAAUGAGAACCACCCAGACGCUAUGGCUAAUAUUAAUGAACCUCCUUACUCUAAAUUUGUGGUCGAUGGCCAGCAUUCAUACAUUGAUGCGCCAGACGUAGCUUUAGCUCAAGAAAUGUCUGGAAAGAGAACAGGGUUGAUACAAUCUAUGUUUGUUCUUCGAUGGAAAGUACAUGAAAAAACUAAAGGCAAGACUGCAGUUGGUCAGCAUUGCUUGUGGUUAGAUUGUUUUACUAAAGCUAUAUCUCGAGAAAGAGAAUAUAUUCCCGGAGAAGUUCCCAUCCCACUUGACGAAUUUGAAAGUAAACUAGAUGUACGUGAAACUAACAAAAGCAAAAAAGACAAUGUUGUGAUAUUUAGAUUGGAACAUUCCAAUUACAUUAACCAUAACUUCAACGAGAUGAAACUAUGUUUGGUUCCAAUUACUUUAAAUCUUGUCAACUGCUACGGAGUUCCUGUCAAAGUAUUUAUUGAUAUGACAAAACAAAAGAAUAGAGAGCUGUCUGGAGAGCUCGGGUGGGCUGGCGCGCUUAGCUAUGGAAGCGACGUGGAACCUAAGGAACUAGGCGUUAGCGUCAAUCUAGACAAAUUUGAAUCUAAAAGAGUACAAGUACGAGGAGUUUGCGCUGCCCCAGGAACUUAUUUAGUUGGUUCUGCCUUCUCCGUCUCCACUACAGGGGAAGACAUAAAUCUUAAUGUUUCAAAUAUAUCUAACAACACAUCUCUAUUAGUAGUUGAACAAGUUGCUUAAAUGUUAUUAUAUUUUUUGUUAUUUCCAUAGGUGCUGCUUAGCUAGCCAUAAAUUUAGAUUUUAGGACUUGAUUUUUCAAUAUUUUUUAAUACACUACUAUUUAUAUAAUAUUAUUGUAACUUUAUAAAAAUAUAUUGUGUAGUUGUAUUUAAUUUCAAAAGCAAUAACUAUUUAAAAAAUAUUAACUUGUCUAUUUCCUGGUGCACUUCCUUAAUGAAAUGUUAGACCAUAGUUUGAUUUUUUGGGGGCAUCUAAAUGACAAAAUUGAAUCACUAAGAUAUCUUAGAAAAAAAUCUUCAAGAAACUGUAUUUAUUGUAGUUAUUUAACUUUUGCUAAGUAUUAAAAUGUUUGUUAUGUAUUAUGUACUUAUGCAAGUUUUGAUAAAUCGUUCAUAUUAACUUGUUUAUAUUUUAAGUUAUCCUUGUACUAUGCCUAUUUAUAUUAAUUAAAAUUUAAUGCCAUUGAAGAAUUUUUUAACUUAUUCUAACUCAUUGAUCAACAUACAAAAAACCUGUUUAUGUAUAGUUGCGUUAUAAGUAAAUGACGUAAUAGUUGAGUACAAG